AUGCGUAACGUUCUUCUCGCUGCUUCCGCCCUUAGCGGCAUGGCUGCUGCCCUUCCCCAGAUGAUCAACAUCGAGGCUGCUUUGGCCGUCCCCACUCCCACUGUUCUCGGGCCCCAGGCCACAGAGACAGCUGAGCUUCCCGUCUCCUACAACCAGGAUGCUGCCACCAAGUCUGCUGCUGCUGCCGUCGAGACUGGAGGUGUUGUGGUCAAGAAGCGUGACUCCUGCCAGGCCCAGCCUACAGGUCUCGCUGCCCCUGGUGAUGGCUCCGUGGACGCUUACCUUGACCCUCAAGGCGAGCUCAGGACGAAGGCCAAGGGAGCAAAGGCCCCAGAAGGAUACGUCGAGUCUUUCAUUGAUCAAACCGGUUCCACUGAACAGAUUGGCUACCUGACCUACAAGACUCUGGACGAGUACGACCCUAAGAAGUGCGCCGACUUCUGCGACAGCGAGAAGUUCUGCCUUGGCUUCAACAUCUUCUUCGAGCGCGACCCUACCACAGACCCUGCCGUCGGAUGCCCCCAGAACCCGCCCCCAACGACCAACAUCAAGUGCUCCAUCUACGGAUACCCCGUCGCUGAGGCGUCGGCUACCAACAAGGGCCAGUACCGUGGUGACUUCCAAGUUGUCAUCACUGGUAGCAACGGAUACUCAAAGGCUGGCAAGGGCGUCAAAUGCAAGGGCGCCCCCGCUGUCGAUGACUUCAAUGCUCCCGCCAAUCUUCCCGCUGCCAUCAACGCUCCCUACAUCCAGAAGAACGGCCAGAACUAUGACACCUACAAUGGCAUGCGUCUCUUCAACACCAACCCUUACGACCCUAGCCUCUGCGCUGCCGCUUGCGAGUCGCAGACCAAGUUCGACAAGGAGCACCUCGCCGACGCCAACGGCGAUUACAAGCCUUGCAACUUUUUCACCUCUUACAUCUUGACCAAGAACGGUGUUCCUCUUGGUACUUACUGCGCUCUCUACACUCAGCACUGGGAUGCAAGCUACGCUGUCAACACUGGCUACUACUACGGUCAAGAUGAGUACUCGGUCAUCUGCGCUGCUUCUUACGACCUUACCACCCAGGACUCUGGCAACACUAACGCUUAG